GCUGUGCUGAUUCACUGAUCAUGGCUAAACGUGGACGUGGUGGGGAAGGAGGCCCGGAGGAAGGUGAUAAGAAAAAGAAGAAGAGACAAACGCAGCAGAAUGGAUCGGAGAGCCAGCAGCAGCGAUUGGGAGAUGCGAGCUCGAGUCCUGCCGACGCGCAAACAGGAGCCGAGGGAGCCGCUUGUACGAAGCUGCCAAAACGAAUAGACAAGGUCGCUGGGGCAGAGAAUGGGGAACCACGGCAGAUAAAGGGGAACGGAGAGAAGGGAGCCGCUGGGCGCAAUAAAAGCGAAAAGGCGGAUAGCGGGGGUGACGGCGGUGCGAGCUUCAACAGCGGCAGGAAGAGGAAGAAGAAGGCUCAUGAGGAGGAAGGAUACGAGGGACCAGUAGAGGAGGAGGAUAGCGAUGGUAGCGAUGCUUCUUCUGAAGGUGGGCCGAAAGCCUUCGAAGGCGGGGACGAUGACAGCGCUGAAGAAAGCGAUGGCAGCGAUGAUGACAUCAAGCUCGACGGGGCUCUCACGCGCCGGGCGGAUGCUGAGGAGGGCGAUGAGGAGGAAGAGGAGGAAGAGGAAGAGGCCGCCGGAUCAGGAGCGACGGCAGCGGGUGACCAGCAGACGGUCGUUGACGUCUGUCUGGACUUCUGCGACCCUCACGAGCGUUUUUUUCACGGCAUUAGAGCUCUGCUUGCGCACUCCUACCUCCAGGAGGCAGCGGGCGCGGGGCUGUCGCCUUUGGUCGAUCUCGCCGUCGCUCAGGGCGCGGUCGGCACGGUGCUGUCGACCGAUGCGGACGACGACCCGGUGUUCGGCUUCGUCACGGCCCUGCCCCUCAAGUACCUCGCGAAAGAACAUGAAUGCAUGCAGACAGUGACGAAAUUCUUGUUGGAAAAGGCGUCGAAGGCAGGCCGGGGCUCAGAGAUGGAGGAGGUUCUCGGAGAGGGUACCCAAGAAAAGGUGGGCCUGUUGGUGAGCGAGCGCAUGAUCAACUGCCCCAUGCAGGCGGUGCCCAAGCUGCACGAGGCGUUGGUGGAGGAUAUCGCCUGGGCAAUCGAAAACGAGAUUUCUGAGGAGCACCGUGAAAAGUUUCGGUUCGACAAGUUAAUCGUGGUCGCGCCCUGUGACGACGCGGGAGGGGCGGGCCCGGGGCAGGCGAUGCUGUCAGACUUUUACUUCUCGAGGUUCGACGAUGAGGUGUUGCUUCAGGAGGCGGAUUUCUUCUUCCCGAUGGGUUGCGCCUCUCAGGCCGGCGGCGGCGGUGGCGGGUCAGCUUCUGGGGGGGGUGGCGGACAGCAGCAGCGAUACAUCGUGGGCGUCUUGCCCGCCAAGAAGCUAGGGGAGUGCUCGCGGGGCGUAGCCCAAAUGGUCGGGUAGUGUCAGCCGAGAGUGAUGAUACCUUGACUGCUGGAAGUGUUCGGUGUCGGUGAAGUGUGGGUGUUUCUGAUUGGUGGGAAAUCCCUGAUGGACGCGUGGAUUUUCGUGGAGAUCUCUCCCGGCGAUGCCUUCUGCUGAUAAGCAUAGCAACAAUCAUUUACGUUUUUUGCGUGGAGGUCGCCGUACUUACGGUUGGAUUGGUGGAAGUCUCUGUAACACAGCUCUUGUGUGCGUCGGUUGUGCUUUGGUCGCCAUACGUCAUAUUGCACGUCGUGGCAUUUUUGUGGCUUGUGGUUGUGGGUGUGCUGUGCUCUGCCGAAACAGGCAGAAAGCGAAAUGCCUGCACCAGAAAAUUGUCUCCCUGGCUGGAACUUAUGCUGCGCCACUGACUUGCACUUGGUUGCCCAAGUCCAGUUUUUCCGACCGCAAUCCUUUCCGAUACACAAAGCCGUGUUGCAGUAGUCCAUCCACGUCAUUUUCCAUCAUAUCGUACGUGCUGUGGCUACGUGGACAAACAAGUGAUCGUUUCAAAGGCGAAGGCCCCAAUUCGGACCCUUUCAUCACGUCUAAAGCGUCCCCACCCUCGUCUCGACUUCCUUCUCUCUCGAAACACCAGCAACAACAGACGAUGUUCUGCAGUACAGCAGUAUGGCAGAGUAGAACGCUUCAUCUCCCUGUCCCUCUGCAUACCCAUCGACCAAAUGUUGAGCCCGCCUUUGAUCCGGGAUAGACUGCUGUCGAACACUCUAGGCAACAAUACUGCACACUCGAACGCGAGACAAUCUGAACCAACGAACGAAGUGUGGUUAAGCAUCCGACCACGGAAUGGUUUAUCUGCCCUUGUAUAAUGGUAGUAAGGACGGCGACGUGGUUCGCCCCCCCCCCCCCCCCCCCCCC